UCCAUUAACCUUUUACUUUGUUUCUUAAGCCCCAAUUUACCCAGUGAGUGGGAUGUAUAUAUAGAAGAUAUGUGUGGCAUUUCAUUUAAGCAUCAUCUGCACUGAUAAGAAAGUUGCAGAUAUGAAAACUGAAAUGGGGAUUGGAGAACAAAAGGGAAGGGAUAUGGGGGAAUUUGAACUUCCUGGUUUUAGGUUCCACCCCACAGAACAGGAGUUAGUGGGGUUUUACCUGAAGAAAAUGGUGCAGGGGAAGCUCCAUAACUUCAGUUAUAUUGGUGUUCUUGACCUGUAUCAGUAUGAUCCCUGGGAUUUGCCAAGUUUGGGGCGUUUGGGUGAAAGGGAACUUUUCUUCUUUGUUCCGAGAGAUAAAAAGUGUCAGAAUGGAGGGAGGCCCAGCCGUAUUACUGCCUGUGGGUAUUGGAAGGCCACUGGCUCAGACAGGCAUGUCCGUGAUGAAUAUGGUAAGGCUCUUGGCCUCAAGAAGACUCUGGUGUUUUACAGAGGCCGAGCCCCACGGGGUGAGAAAACUGAUUGGAUUAUGAACGAGUACAGAAUGCUCGAUUCUAAUGAGAGAUACAGGAAGGAAGUAGUGCUGUGUCGAAUCUACAGAAAGGCAACUCCUCUGAAAUGGCUAGAGCAAAAAGCAAUCAGCCAGGCGCAAGAAACUUCAAUGGACGAGGAUUUCGAGAGCAAACCAGAAGAAGACACUUUUGUUUCCUCCAGACAAACAAGCUCUGAUGUUCAAGCUAACAAGCAAGUUUCUUCAAAGUCGAAGCAGCCCCAGCAAAGCAGCUCACUGGAUGAUAACACGAACACCACCCACACAAACAGUGACAUAACUUCCUCACAAGGUUGCUGCUCUGCUCUGGACUUAGAGCUCAACAGUAUGAUGGAAUCCACAGUUUAUGGGGGGUACAUUGACCCCAUAUUCCAAGCAUUUGCAGACGAUGGAAAGAAAAGCAUGGAGGGAUUUUCAAGCUUGAUGGCUAUGAUAAAUUCAACUUCUAUAGACUGUUGUGGCUUGGAUUCCAUUUUUCCCUCACCUGAUACUCAGAAAAGUAAAGUAGUGGAUAUGCCAAAAUUGUCCUUGGAUUUCCGCAACGAUGGUUCUUUGUCUACUGGGAAGGACAAAAGUCCAUGGGCUGAUUUGUGGAGCCCCUCCAUUUUCUUAUCCACCCCAAAUAAUCAUCAACUAGACGGCUUUUAGACACAAUUUUAAAUUUUUUAUAACCAAAUUGUAAAUUUGCAGUCUUCACAAAGCCCAAUGUAAUUCUUCUGUGAGAACUAAUGUAACUUCAGACUAGGAUUAUGUACGCUUUACUGCAAGUUGCUUCAGCGAAGCACAGCUCCUUAAUUAGAAAAGGCGUUUUUCAUGGAUUUCACUGUAUCAAUCAAUAAACACCAUAAAUUUUCUUUUGACUGUA